AUGGACGAACUUCCAGAGCAGGUACUCGUGGAGUUCCGCGCAGGUCGCGCGUACCUGGACAGUGGUUUGGUGCACUCGGACGGCCGCAAGGGCUGCGUCCGUGUCGUGCGAGCCGCGGACGGCCUCGUGCACUUCCAGUGGCUCGACCGCGCAACCCGUGCAAUCGAGGAGGACCUGAUCGUGUUACCCCGGCGACGCGACAGGGGUAUUCCUUCUAGAAGUCGACCCUGCAGGCCAUGCAAGACUAUGCACUGGCGGCGCGUGCACGCCUGCCGGACUGGUAGAAUGUUCGUCUUGGGCUUUGCGUCGUCGGAUCUACAGCUGUUCUUUUGGCUGCAAGAGCCUCGCUGCGACGCGGACGUGCGGCUGGCACAGCGGCUGCGCAACGCGCUCGAGUGCCGUCCCCUGGACGACCCCGCUGGCUUGGAUCACGCAGAUGAGGUGCGGCUCAGCGACGCAGAGUCCCGACCUGGGCCAGGCCUCAGCUCGCAGGUACCUGACGGCGCGACGCGUCCGUCGUCCGCCGCGCUUGGGCAGUCGCUCGUAGACGCGCUGCAGCGUCUGGGGGCCAGCGCUGCUUCCGAUGCUGUGCAUGCUGCGGAUGACGCAAGUCGUCAGCCGCAGGCGCGCGCCGAUGAUACGCCUGACCUCGGGGCGCUUCUGCGCUGGGGCCCCGCGCUGGAGCGGCUUCUCCGCGAGCCGGGCCUCGGACCUGCAUCCGCUGCCCUGUGCCGCGAGUACCUGCCAUCCAGCAUCGACCUGGAGAGCGUGCUGCAAUCUGCCGCGUUUCGGCAGCAGCUGGAGGCGCUUUCGACUGCGCUGAGACGCAGCCGCGGCGAUGCUGGUCCCCUGUUCGCAGCGUUUGGCAUCGAGCCACCACCAGCGGGCGACUGGCGGCACGAUCUGGAGGCGCUGCUAGAGGCGCUGCGCCUUCGCGCUGAGGAGUCUGCGCGCAGUCGUUCUGAGGGCCCAGCGCCAGAAUCACGGCAUGGUUGUGGUAGAUAA